UUGUCCGAUGCGGAGAAGCAAACGGUGAGGCCCAUCAAUCUCGAGGCCGUUCUGAUGGAUCUGGGUCCAGUGGCAAACAGGUGUCCAGUGAUGGUUGCCGUGUUUUCAAGAUGCGGGCCCCAGCCCAGUGGAUGACAUAGGUGUUUUUAUAUUGGUUGGCUGAUUACCAGAGAGGAUACCCCGAAGGCAACAACCAAUUGGUACCAGACUCGCUGUGUUGAUCCUCAGGUCGGACAUCAUUGAGUGGAUGUGUGACGGCCCAUGGGUGUGACCCCUUUCUUAAGCUCUUUUUUCACCUGUCCAAGUCCGAGUUCGAAGACAGAGUUUCUUUAUUGCCGAAUUCGAAGAUGUAGUCGGUUCGUGUGUUCUUUUGAUGACGACAUGGAUGGGGGAUCACAAAUUUUUGCACUGUGAGAAUCUGCAGAUGCAAGCAUCUAUGUGACUCGAUUCCGAUCUCACAGUAGUUUCAGGUGAUAAACAACAAAUACGAAUCUGAGCAAAGACCAGUGCACAACUGUUAAUGCUUCGAAGAUGAAUUGGACAUUCUUUGUAUUUGAAUGGGAGAAGACCUAGAAUUUAGAAGGAGAAGGAGCGGGAAAACAAACGAAGGAAAACGAGGGAGAAGCAGGAGAAGUGGGAGAAGAAGCACACAUGGAAGAAGAGGAUAGAAGAGGGAGGAGGAGGAGAAAGAGAAAGGGAGAAGAGCGUGAAGAAUUAGAAGGAGGAGAAGAGGCAUAAAAAAGCAGGAGAAGAUGGGAGGGAGAAGAGAGAAAGUGAGAACAACGGUGGGAGGAAUCCAUCUCCGUCACCACAAACAAGCAUCCCAGGUCAACAAGAUUUAACUCUAUCAUACAGUGGGCCACCCACAUUCUAUGUCUGUUUCCUUCAUGCCCGUGGGGAAAACAUGGGCGAGGCCUUGAGCAUGGAAAGAGUUGGAUUCGGCACCCAAUUGUUCCUGUAUUUGGCAUGCACGUCAAGCCACGGACCCUCGUGGGUAAGCUGGGCCUGGCUUGGAGUUGUGCAAGCUGGGUGGGGCAUAGAGGUCUUCUCACUCGUCAUGGGCACUGGUGCCAUAGAGGUGUUGUGGCUCGACAUGGUCACGAUGCAAUGGACUUGCACCAGACUGCAUGCUUAGCCAGACUGCUGGGAUGAUCGCAGCGAUCAUGCUAGAGGAUUUGUGAGCAAAGUAGAUUGACACAUGAAUCCCUUCCCAACACGUGUUGGAGUGCCCUUUUGAAUAUGGAAAAAGAGCCGGACCUGCACACUGCAGACACUUCUUUUUCAAUACAUAUCGACACACCACGGUCACCGCGGCUGAGGGUGUGUGAGUCAUCCUCGCUCAGGCUUUGCAGAGCAGUGAUCCCAUGGCCUGUGAGCAGGAGACCUCAGUGGGAGACCUCGCGUGAGACCUCCGUCCAGUCCGCGUCGCUCCCCCAAGUGGUGAAGCUCCCCAGAUGGCCAUUUGCCCAAGGUGGAUCCAGGCAAAAAGAGAUCGCAGGUUAGAACUUCGAACGAAGGAUCAGGACCUGCGCCACAAAAGAAUGACGGUCCACUUGUCAACAAGCGACGGUCUUUUGAAUCUAGUUUCAGCUCUGAGUCUGAGGAGAUUUGGAUCGGUCAAGAGUCAAGAUCUGGAAAGCCGGCGCCAUGUUCAGUCCCUUCUCUGAGUCCUCAAGCUUGAUGGUGUGAAACAUCUGUCCCAAAGAUGGUUUAGUGGAGAAGGGCACUGUGGAAGAGUUGUUUACACCAAUUCUCGGAGGCUUCGACCUGCGGCCCACGCCAAAGGGCGGAAUGAGACCACCAGACUUCGUGACUUCGGUAUGAGCAGUUCGAUCACCAUAUUCCAAGACGGUUUAUGUCAGGUUCAUGUCAACCGUUGAUCCUUCUUUCUUCAAAGACCGGGGACGCGGCUUUUCGACGCGCUUCCAGACGCUCAGCGAUCUGAUCCGUUGCCGCCAUGGAGCACGUGGUAUUCAUCAACUUCCCGGCGACCGGGCACAUGAACCCCACCCUGCCUUUGGUGACCGAACUGGUGGCUCGCGAGAUCCCUGUGAGUUACUUUGUCCAUGAGACGGUACGCGAAGUCGUUGAAGCGACUGGUGCCCAGUGGCAUGCUUUGCUUGACCCCCAGCGUUUGACAGAGGAGCAACUGCAAAAGUAUGUUCCAGACCAGACGCCCAAAGAGGAUUACGCCUUUCCGCUCUCCUCGCUGGUCUUCUCAGCCUCUGAAGCUCCAGCUUUGAUUGCACAGUUGAGGACUUUGAAGCCACUCCCAUCGGUGAUCGUCUAUGAUCCCUUCUUGCCCCUGGGUCUCCUGGCCGCGCGAGAGCUCGGCAUCCCUGCCGUGGCGACCGUGACCAUGGCCGGACCAGGCGUGGUGGAGGUGCAUCCGCCCGUGCAGCAGAAGUGGGAGUCGAAUGCCGUAUCACGAAGAGCGCGGCAGGAAAUCAAGGAGCUCUACAACUUCGACGUGUUUGCACACGGAUCCUUUUUAGAGUUCUACUCUCCAGAUCAGAACAUCGUCACCACCUGCAAGUCUCUCUACACGGGUCCCAAAACUCCGCUUCAACAAGAACGCUUUGGACACUUCUCCUUUGAAUGUGUGGGGCCACUGCUGAACCCCAAGAUCUUACGGCUCUCCAACGCGGAGCUCACGCACUCGGCGGCGCCCAUGCUGCCACGGGAAGUGGAUGCAGCGCGAGCUGCAGGCCGACGGAUCCUGUACGUUUCGGCCGGGACCGUGGCCACGGGGCGACUGUGGAAUGAGAAGUUUGGCCCGAAGGGCUUGUCCAAUGGCCUUAGCGAGUGCACUGGGAAGGAGUUGAUUCAGCUUCUCUACCGCACGGUCUUCGAGGCCUUUGGUGGUGCAGAGGAUGUGCUUCUUGUCGUCAGCACUGCUCGAGAAGAUGCGUUGGAAGGCUUAGAUCUUCCGAACAACCUCGUGGCACGACCUUCUUUGCCGCAACUGGAACUGCUCCCCAAAUGCCAUGCCUUCAUCACCCAUGGAGGUGCCAACAGCAUGCACGAGGCGCUCACCUUUGGCGUCCCCAUGGUCGUUGUGCCCAUCUUCGGCGAUCAGCCCUCCAACGCCGACGCCGUGCGACGCGCGUGGUGUGGCGCCGGAGACUUUCGACAUCCGCUGCAGAGCUUGACGUCGCAGGCGUUGCUGGAGGCGGUGCAGCAGUUGGAGCUGCCUGGCGUCCGGGAGGCGUUGAAGGACAUGCAGCGGGAUCUCCAGGCGGCCGGGGGGGUGACGAAGGCAAUGGAUCUGGUGCUGGCAGCAAAGAGGAGAAACACUUUAGAGGAGGCACCCUUAGGCGGUGCUUGAGAAGCGAAGAAGGAGGACUUAGUUUCUUUGGUUUGCCACCAUGUCGAGGUAUGCCCAUGUCGAGGGACAGGGCGGAAGUGCUUUUGGAUAGUUGCCCACAGAGGCGACAGGGAAUUUGAUUGUAAAGAUGCAUGACAGCGUUUUCUUGGUGAUCUUGAAUCUUGAUCAUAUUGAUGAAGGUAUCAACAAAAGAUGACUUGGUGAACGCACCGAAGAAGAAUGGUCCUACAGAUCGUGUUUUCACAGCCGGCCAGUCUUGCUUUAUACUCGGUCAUAAAUCAUUAGUGACAUGUUCACGGAUGUUUCAAUACCAGG